AUGGGUAAAGUUCACGGUUCUCUAGCUCGUGCUGGUAAGGUCAAGUCCCAAACUCCAAAAGUUGAAAAGCAAGAAAAGCCAAAGAAACCAAAGGGUCGUGCUUACAAGAGAAUGUUGUACACUAGAAGAUUUGUCAAUGUUACUUUGACCAACGGUAAGAGAAGAAUGAACCCAGGUCCUUCUUCUCAAUAG